AUGGUGAUUGCUGGGCCGACCGAUUAUUCGCCAAUGCGCGCUGGCGUUGUGUCGGUUGCGUACGGAAUGCCACCGCCUGCCUCCGGAACGGGGACCAUGGCGACGGGCCCCCCAACACUUCCUGCUCCGAAGCCCGUGACAGAAGACGUUGGAAACCUUCCUCGCCCCGCACCGUCGUUUCCCGAAGCGCCGGCGUCUCAGCCUGGCGACGGUGGUCGCCAGGCUCCUGUGCUGUCGGCGCCUCUUCCCGUCGCGCCGCCUGUCCCUCUCGCUGCGCCAACUGCUGCGUCUGCUCCGCUUGGCGCUCUUCAAGCUGCCGACCCCGCCGCUCCGUCUGCGGCCGCCGAGCGGGCGAUUGUUGACGGCGGCGUGCCGGCCCAGUCGGUGGGGUCCGCCACCACUGACGUCCUGGGCCAGCCGGCGCUUCCCGCCGCUCCGGCUCAACCGUUUGCACCGUCUCCGGCGCUUGUGUCUCCUCUGCCUGUGCUGGCGGGAUCUGCUCCUGCACCGCCUGUGGCUGCGCCUCCCGCGCCUCCUGUGGCUGCACCUCUCGCACCGCCUGUGGCUGCUCCUCUCGCGCCGCCUGAAGCUGCUCCCCUUGCGCCGCCUGUGGCUGCUCCGCCUGCGGCGGGUCUGUCCGCGCCGCCCGUGGCCGUUCCCAUUGCUCCGCCGGUGGCAAAUCCCCCUGUGCUGUCUGCACAGCGUCCGCCGUCUCCUGGCCGUCGUCAGCAGCUGCCUCAAUCCCCCGCGCGGCAGGACGAGCGCGAGACGUCCCGGCGCCGCCACAAUUCCCCUCGUCGCCGCGGUUCCCAGACGAACUGGGCAGCGCAACGCGGCGGCCGAGGCGGCUGGUGGGGGCCGCGUCAGCGGGGUGGCGGCUGGGGGUAUGACCAGCCGGUAACGAUGGCUGACCUGCAGCGCGUGGUAUCUGCUGCUGUGCGCGAGGAGCGGAACGGGCAGGCGAGCCAGAGCAACUCCCCGCGUGUUGCUCAGACCCCAGUAGCGCCUCCUCCAACUGCGCCCUCUGCCCAGGCUGCUCCUCGUCCCCCUCCGAUUGUUCCUCCUCCUCCUGUUCCCGCCGCCUCAACCCCCGUCCCGGGGAAUCCCCGCCAGCUGCCGUGGGUACCCCCUAUAGCGGGGGUUGAGUUUUUGACCACGGCAGGGGGGCCCGUGAUUGUGCAAUAUCCGUCCCUGCUGCCUGUGGAUCCCCCUCCCCCGUCCGUAGGUGCGGCGCACCCGUUCCAGGCGCUGCUGGGGCCUCAGCGCACGGUUCCGGUUCCCGAAGUGACCCUUGGUCAGAUCUGGCGUCUCUCGGAGGCUCUGCGGGUCGUACAUCUGGUGCAGGUGUAUGGCCACGCCGCCCUCUCCCAGGGCGACUCACUGGUGGGCGGCCCCCGGGGCGAUUGUCUUGCGGCGGCUGAUCGUCUCGCCGAGCUGCUGGCGCCCGUGUUGGCUGCGCCCGCGCGGGGUGGGCUUGCGGGGGUCGGGCCGCUGGGUUCGGCCGUGCGUGGGUUGCGCCGCCUGUUGCAUGCAGGGACUGAAUCCGAGGCGAUCGCCGCAGGCACGAUGCUGGUGCGUGAGCUGCAUCGCACGAUGAUCUCCCGCGCUGUCUCAAGCAGCCUGGCCUGCAGAUCCCGGAUUAGCGCACCCCCCACCCCCGCCCCCCCGCUCCUGUAG